AUGCUCGCGGGCGCCAACCGGCUCGCGGACGCGGUGGCGGUGACGCUGGGGCCCAAGGGCCGGAACGUGGUCAUCGAGCAGUCCUUCGGGGCGCCCAAGGUCACGAAGGACGGCGUCACCGUCGCGAAGGCAAUCGAGUUCAGGGACAAGGUGGCGAACGUGGGCGCCCAGCUCAUCAAGCAGGUCGCGACGAAGACCAACGACAUCGCCGGCGACGGCACCACCACGUCGACCGUCCUCGCUCGCGCCAUUUUCCAGGAGGGAGGGCACUAA